UUCCGCGACCUCUAAAAAUUAGCCCAAUGUAUUGUUGACUCCACUUUUAUCUCAAAAUUUCCGGUGACAAUUCAGUUUUGGCAAUCAUGUACAUCUACAUUACGACCUACUUUUAGUAUGUUCACACAUAUUUUGGGUGGCAAAAAUAAAAAAUAGCGCCUGGAAGAGAGAAGAGACUAAAAAGGGGUUUUCAGACCACGGACAGUCGCAACCGAAUUCCUGGCGCCGGCGACGAAACCAGGAAGAAAGAAAAUGAAAGAGGAGGAAUUGCCAUUUUAGAGAGAGAAAGAGAGAGAGUUUUGUUGCAGUGCUCUUUCUCUCUCUAGGUGUUUUCCAACUUGAGCAAGAGGCAUGUCUUCGAUUGCAGAGAGGAAGGCGUUAGCUAACGCCUGCAAAUCAGAAGAAUGGUCGAAGGCGAUUCGCAUCCUUGACUCUAUAAUCUCCAAGUCCUUCUCUGCUCAGGACCUUUGCAAUAGGGCCUUCUGCUACAGACAAUUGGAGCUUCAUAAGCAUACGAUCAAGGACUGCGAUAAGGCAAUUGAGCUUAAUCCUACACUGCUCCAGGCCUUCAUUCUCAAAGGUUGUGCUUUGUCCUCUAUGGGGAAGAUUGAGGAUGCUUUGUGUGUCUGGGAGCACGGUUAUGGGCGUGCAGCCAGCCAUUGCACUGAUUUGAAACAAAUACUGGAAUUGGAAGAGCUGUUAGCUAAUGCUAAACUAAAUGGACAUGCCGUCUGUGAAGAGCAGGCCAUGGGAUCGUCUUGCACAGUUACAUCUAGUUCUGAAUCAGACAGCGGAAGUGCCCCCAAAUCACAUCGAAACGAUCAGAAUAUUGAAAUAACUUCUGCUAUUGUCAAUGCCUGUGAAAGUGUUGGUGUUAUGGAGAAGAAUUCUAUUACUAUUGAACCACAUGAUGUUGGCGGUGUUGUGGAAGAGAGUUCUGUUAUCAGCACACCACGUGAAGGUGUUAUGGAAAAGAGUUCUCGUGCUAGGGUUUCAAAGACUACAUCAGUAUUUGUGGAUUUUCGUUUAUCUCAAGGAAUAGCAGAGGCAAAUGAUUCAAACAUGGCUUGUGGAGGGGCGCAAGAUGCCCCAAGAUGCUAGCAUACCCAUACUACCUCUUGGUGAUAUGAUGCUACCAUUACCUACAAAUA